UGCUAGCGAGAAAUGUGCCGUGUAUCCGUUUUGAUUAGAGCACUGUUUAAACGUUGAAUAGAGCAUUAAUUUGGCUCUUGAGUGACCUCACCACGCUUUACCCUUUUUCCAAACAAUUCAAACAGACACAAACAGCCAAUGAGCACCAUUAGUGGUACUGAACAAGGCAUUACAUCUUUGCUUGCUCCUGUCGUCCUCGACAUGGACAAAGCGAUCACUGCUACACAACAAAGCCAAGAUGAAUUGGGCAAGGAAAUUGAACGAUUAGUUGCUGAGCUAGAAUUGUUUACAGACAUUGCUGAACCACCACGGUUGCAACCAGCGCUGAGCAAGCUUACAGAGAGCCGGAAACGACUGGCACUGGCCAACAAACUUAUGCAACAAACUCAGGCACGUGUCCAGCGAAUCGAAGCCCAACUCACUCUCCCACCAUAAAAAAUAAACUUCUUGUAUAUUUCUUUAAACAUACAAAAAAAACCAUAUCAUUAUAUACACAUGCUCG